CGUGGGGACGCCACCGCGCGCUGGGGCCGACCGGACGUGCCCCCGGGAGCAGGUAUACGGCAGCCC